AUGCAAAGAUACGUCAGUAGUGUUGGUUUCGCUAAAGAAAUACUUAUUGAUGAUUUUGCAAAUAUUGCCAAUGAAGUCACCCGAUUGGCAUCAGAAAUUGCUGGUGAAGGCAUUAAUGUUAGUCUAAAUCCUAUUUACUUUUUACAGUAUAUUAACGAGAUAUUAUGUACGAUUUUACUUAUUGAUCUUUCGGAUAUUACACGGAAUCCAUUGCCGGGUCAAGCAGAAUAUAUUCAUGAACAAAUUUUGAAAUUAAUCAAAAAAUAUAUUAAACCGUUAACUGCAGAUCAUGAACUAGGUUCAAUACAACUUAAAUUGGGUCGCGUUGCUGUCCUAAAUCGGAAUCAAGAAGAAAUCGAUCAAAACAUUUCUUUCGAUGAAAUGAAACCGUGUGAAAAUCAAUUUUUCUUAAAUCAUAAAGAAGCGUUUGAACGUCUAUCCCAUGAGUUUAAAGGAGGCGAACAAUUGGUCCGACGUCUUGCUACCAUUCAACAAGAGCGUAUUUGUUCUACAUUUCCACAUAUUAUAAAAGAACUAUGA